AUGGAUAAUACGUACAAGGUCAACCGCUUCAACCUGCCACUCCUCCAGGUCGUUGGCACUACGGGACUUCACAAAAGUUAUAGUGUUGCGUUUGGUCUUGCCGCCAAGGAGGAUGAGGGCGUUAUAAUUACUGACUUCGACGAGGCUCUUAAGAACGCCCUCAACGCUAUCUUUCCACAGUCACAGCAACAACUCUGCACUUGGCACAUCAUGAAGAACGUGGUCCUCCACAUCAAGAAGAAGUGGGUAGGCACCCUCGAUGACCGACCAGAACGACCGAUCGACCGUGCCGCCGAGGCACAGAUACAACACGCCUCUCAGCUAGCAGACCAGUUCGUCAGGGAAGAAGACCCGGAUCGUGAAGGCAACGAGGCAGCGCCGCCGCCGCCCCAACGGUCCUUCAAGCACACGGCUGAUGGUAUUCGUGAUGCCUGGGUAUCAGUCAUGAGGGCACGCACGCCCGAGGAGUGUAACGAGCAGUGGGAUCUUCUCUGUACAGAGUUUUCUGACCAGCACGCUAUAGCCCUCGUCAACUACUUCCGUACGACCUACUACCCGUGGCGUGCCCAGUUUUGCCGAUACGCUAUUCAACGGCACCGAAACUACGACAUUACAUUACGCAACCGCUUUAUCGACCUCUAUCAGCUGCAAGAGCACAUCAAAGAGCUAGUUACGGAACGGCAGACCAACCAUCGCGAGUCGAUUCAGACCGAGUUUACAAGGGCGAAGGUCGAAUGGGGGAAGCAUACGAUGAUGAGGUCGUUGCACCGUAAAAUAGGCUGGAAGCCGAUGAAUCAGAUCCUCAAGCAAGUCAAGUUGGCACGAGACGAACUGGCUGAUAAUAGCGGCCAGAGGCCAUCGGUUUGCACAGGCGCCUUCACAGACCAAUGGGGGCUGCCCUGCCGGCAUACAAUCCGUGAUCUAAUACUGGCUGACGAGGCCGCUGCGAUCCCUUUACAUCUUAUUGAUAGCCACUGGCUAAUUCACGGCAUGACACCUGAACAACGGCAGUACAUCGAAGCAGACCACGAGCCCGAUCCUAACGUUGUCCCGCCGCGCCGGCGCGCAAACAACAGACCCGAGGAGCUCCCUCCGUUAGAGGCAUCUACGGGCAGGAUCCUUAGUAACUGGGAGCAAGAGGAGCACAAGGCUACAGCACAGCUCGGAUCACAGCCAAUAGGGACGCAAAGAGGAAGAGAAAGGGCGCGGGCACUAUCGCGACCAAAGGUCGAAUACACUUGCUUCCGCAGCAGCAACGCCGGUGCCGUUAUCACAAGUGCCGCCGGCCUUCCAGGGAUACCAAACGACGAUGCCCUCAUUUCCACAGGCGCCGCCGGCCUCAAGGGAUACUAUAUGAUGCCACCGCCAGUAUCACACGUGCCUGUAUACAUACAGGUGCCGGCGCCGGCAUCCUACGCCUACACGAUGCCACUUACGCCCUCACGGUGGCAGGAGCCUAGGGCUGAUAUUUGA